AUGGCGUCUGAAUCAUCUAAUAGCUCUUCCACUUCACAACAUCCAAAUGAGAACAAACAAAAUCAACUUCCAAACUCUGAUUCAAACAAGUCAAUUGACUUUGUGAAUCUAUCGAAAGAUGAUUUGGUUCAAAAAAAUGAGAACAACGAUGAAAAGAAAAAUUCUGAUUCAAAGUUGUAUUCAUGCAACUAUUGCAAGGGUCGGUAUUCUUCUUUGCAAGCAUUAGGAGGCCACCAAAAUGCGCAUAAGGCAGAACGUGCAUUACAAAAGCAACGGAUGAAACAAAGGUAUGAAGGUGAUAUUUUUAAUUCAGGGCAACCCCGCUUUAAUAACCCUUAUUUAAACUAUCCCAUUACUCCUUAUACACCUUUAAACUAUAGGCCACUUGGUGUUAGAAUUGAAUCAAUGAUUCAUAAAUCACCUUAUAUUAGCCCUAGAUUUGGUCAUAGUGCUUUGCGUUUGCAUGAUAUACUACACCCUUCUCUUGUUAGUGGGGUUGCAAAUCUAGGUAUUGGUGGUGCAACUACUUCAAGAAAUGGUGCUAUUCUGAAAAUUGGAGAAUCUUCUACAAAUAAUGUGGCUCCUAACAACGAAGAAGAACCAUCUGACUCUGAUUCUUCUGGACUGGAUCUGUCACUUAAGCUUUAA